AUGGGAGACAUUGGCAAUCAGAUUAUCUCAACCGGUCAAUCUGAUCUGCCAUCUCUCAACCCGACCAAAUCAUACUGGCAAACAUCCCAUCCAAGUCCCAUCGCGGAGCACCGUUCAUCAUCCUCGUUACCUUCGAAGGCGACGGUGUUGAUCGUCGGCACCGGAAUUACUGGUGUAUUUGCCGCGCAUGAGAUCCUCUCCCGACGACCCGACAUUGACGUACUCGUCUUAGAAGCACGAAACCUCUGCUCAGGGGCAACUAGCAGAAAUGGGGGUCAUCUAGUUCCAAUCAUACAUGAACAGCGCCCUGGGAUCAUUGCCUGGGAACUGCGCAAUUGGCAUCAUGUCGAGGGGUUGAUCAAGGCAGCCGGUAUUCCCUGUGAUUUCAGAGAACUCAACAGCUGCAUAGGAUUUUGGAACAGGACGUACUUCGAAGAAGCAAAGGCUGCCCUGAAGGAAGCCACAGCCCUGGCUCCCGAGCAGACCACCAAAGAGGCCCGCAUUGUUGAGGACGCCUCGGAGCUUGAGAAGCUGAACCUCGUAGGUGCUGUUGGCGCCAUCGUUCAGACUACCGCUGCAAGUCUGAGCCCUUACAAGCUUGUGACAUGGCUUUGGCGUGACCUCCUGGACAAGCAUGAAGCCACGAAGAGACUGAACCUCCAGACUACAACCCCCGUCACAUCACUCUCUCGCAACGCGCACGGUCCUGGCUAUCUCAUAACCACCGACCGAGGCCUCAUCUCCGCUCGCCACGUUAUUCUAGCUACUAAUGGCUACACCUCCCACCUCGUCCCAGAGUUCAGCAGUCUCAUCAUUCCACGACAGGCACAGAUGUCCGCCCAGAGACCACCGAUGGCUUCCCCUUUCUCCAAGAAGUUGAUCCCCAAAAGUUACGGCUUUGUCGGAAUCCUCGGUAUGGAUCGAGAAAUGUCCGACUACUUAGUUCAGCAGCCCAUCAGAGAGAAGCACACAGGGGGGGGAGCGCUUACGUAUGGCGGAGGUGGGGGGGAAUUCAUGUAUGGUGGAGGGAGACAGGCAGCGAAAGGAAAUGGCGAUCACGUCAGUGACGACAGCUUCGUCGAUCCAGAUGUGGAACAAUACCUGCGUCGCUUACCUGACCGAUUGAAUCUUAUACCCACUUCUCCUGGCAACGGCGCGGCCACCACCACCACCACCACCACCACAACCACCACCAGCGCUGCGCCAUACCAGCUCGAGCUCCUUGCUUCCUGGACAGGGAUAAUAGGCUCCUCUAGAGAUGGAUUUCCGUGGGUUGGCGGUGUGCCGGAGUACCCAGGUCUGUUCCUUGCGGCAGGGUACAGCGGCCACGGCAUGCCGAAUGCACCGCUCAGCGGACGCCAUGUCGCGAGACUGGCGCUCGAGAGCCUGCAAGGUGGUGACUGGGCGGCCGUUCAGAGAACAGAGGUCGACCUGACGGAAAGGGGCGAUUCCGCCAGCCAGAGUGACCACUUCGCGGUGCCGAUCGAGUACGUGAUCACGCAAGAGAGGAUAAAGAACGCUGCGCGCUCGGCAAUGAGCUAA